AUGUCGGAAUUUCUGAAACGUCCGACCGACGUCGAAACGGACGACGAUCUGCUCCAGAUGCAGCGAGAUUGGGAGGAAUCGCAAAAGAAGACGUCCGCCCAGAUUCACCGAAUGAAAAAACGAUCGAAACUCGAAGAAGAGCCCCCGAAAGAGCAAAAAUUGGCUCCGAAACGAGAGGCGGGUCGUUUCCAAAUCGAUUUGGACGAUAUUCGCGAAGAGUCGAACGUGCAGGACGUGCUUUUUUCGGUGCGCGAACGCAACGUCGACUGGCUUCACGAGGACAAAAACGACGAGAUUCUGAAGGUCGCCACGUCGUCGCUAUCGAUUUUUUCAAAGGACGACGGCUUUCCGGAACCCCUGGAUCUUUCCGCCUACUAUUCGGGUCAACGAGCGGCUCCACCGGCUGGCAUCAGCUUUUUCGCCGCCGAGUUUGAUCGAAUUCACGGAAAUUUGGCGGAAAACCUCGAUGAAAUGGCUGAAAAAGAAGAAGAAGAAGCCGACGGAAAUUCGGAUUUCCAGACCGAGAAUGAAAAAUAUCUGAAAAGACUGGACGCGGACAAAAUCCAGGAGCUCCGCGCCGAAAUUCAGGAGAGAUUCGACCCGAAAUUGCUCGAAUUUUUGGCCAAUCGCAAUAAGAAUAAGGCGGAAAAAGCGGAGAAGGAGCCGAAAAAAGUGAGCAAAUUCAAGGAGCGACGGCUGAGGGAAAAGAGGGAGGAGCCCAUGGAAAUUGAGGAGAAACAGGAGGAGAAGGAGCCGGAAAAAGUGAAAAAAGAGGUGGAGGAGAUGAUGAACGAGCUGGAAGUUCUGGAAGAGUUCAAGAAUCGAGACGAUCAGGAGAAGUAUAAUCGGCUGGCUACGGUAGGAAUUUUUAGACAUUUUUUAGUCAGCUUCUGGUCAAAAUUCAUUUGUAAAAGAGUUGAAACAGCGAAAAAUUUGUCUUAAUUCCCAUAUUUCAGGACGCGAUUCAACUGGACCUCACCGCUAAAUUCAGUCGAAAUUUGGCGGCGCGUCAGCAGAAAAACGCCGUCAAACUGUUCGACAACUGCAAAUUCCGUCCUGCUCCAGAAUCUUCUAGUGCUCCAAGCGCUCCAGACGCUCUUCUGGAGCUCGCCCGUUCCUCAAUCGAUCAAAUCAAGACGCUGUACCUGGAAGAAGUCUCGCUAGACGGUCAGAUAUCGUACGAGUUUGGCCGCGGUGUGAAUCCGAUCCUCGACAACUGCUGGACCCUCGUGCCUGUCCGUCGAGUCCUCGACGCCGUCGAAAAACGGCAAGGACGCGUGCUGCCGGACGAUGUCGAAAUCGUCCGUUUGGCUCUUCUCUGGACACUGUUGCUCUUCGAAGAGCGAAAAUCCGCGUUUUUCGCGUUCGCUCAGCCCAACGACUUUUACGUACACCUCGCCGAGACGUAUUUGAUCGGAGCAGAAGCCCUCGCGGAUGACGUCAUCUCAGAAUGCGCGCGUCGGAUCAUGGACGGAUAUGUGUUGCGGUCAGCCGACGAGGGCAAGAUCUUGCUGCGAAUGAGCGGAAAAGUGGCCGGAUUGGACGCGUUUAUGCCGUUCUACGAGAAUUUGCUCAAAAACUACGAACAGUACUCGAUGGGCGACCCACAUUUCGCAACCGCCAUUCUCAUUGGAGCGUAUUUGAAUGCGCCAAUUGGAGAUAGGUGAGGGAAUGGCGAAUUACAAGAUCGGGCCCAAACUUUACAAGCCCUGUUGGACUUGGCUUUAAGCAUCUUGGGUCUAAGUUUCAGACCUAUCCGAUUAUGAAACUUAGACUCAAGAUACUCCAAUCCAAGGCCAAGAAGCCUGCGAAGUUUGGGCUCGACUGAAUUGUUACAAGUGGUACAAAAGUCUAGGCCAGUAAAAUUGUUCAACUUUUUGCAGUAUCGAGUACCGUUUCGCACUGUGGUCCCCAAAACGGAACACGAUCCGCCAGAUGACGGCACCGUCGCGACGAGACCUUCUGGAGCCGAUUAAACGACAGAUUUCGGAGCGGGAAAAUGUGAUUUUCGAGCAACAUUACGUACAACAUUGCUCACUUCUCGGCGCCUACGUUUCCGCAAUUCGCGACAAUGUGGUACGCGUUUCUGGAGUUUUCUCUAACAAAAAAGUGUAAUUUCAGGUUACCCGUGACCGUAACCCGUUGAUGUUCGAAAUUGCCGCCUUUGAAAUCGGAAUGUUUUUGAAGAACCCACACGGAAACGAUGCAGAGAAGCGGCGGGAAUUCCAGCUCCUCGUCGAGAUUAUCAGAAAAUCGAUUGGCGAUAAAUUGAUGAUCUCUUAA